AUGUCUGUUGUCCUUCAGUCGAAGGUGCAGGGACUGCACAAGGAGAUCAGCGACCUCAAGGCCACUGUGGACAACCUGCAGCUGGAAAACGGUUCGCUGCAGAGCCAGAACGGCAUCCUGCAGAAGGUGUUGGCGAUGAGGGAUGAGCAGAUCAGGGUCAUGCAGGAGAGCAGUAAGAUACUGGAUACAGGCCCAGAUGCUGAUGGCGAAGGGUUGAUGGUGCCACGAACAACAUUGACGCUGUCGGAGUUGCACAAGGGCACUGAGAUGCGAAUAACAGCUGACAUGCUGAAAAAGAUGACGCCGGAAGAAGUCAUAAAGAUUUGGCAGGACUAUGUCACUGAAAUAUCGUCCGUUUUGGUGGAUGCCAACGUCAGUAGUGAGGCGGAAGCACGGAUCGAAAGACUCAUAAAUGAAGUGUGCAUGCUAUGUAUGCGAUUCUCUGUGCUCAACCCAGUUUCCUGCAAGAUCUGGACCACACGGCAGUACCACCUGUCCGAGACGGAGGAGCUCAAACGCUGGCAGUCGGUCAUGACCACUCUUGACAUGAACAAGACACAGAAGCAGGAGAUCGUAGCCUUGAGGAAGAUGCUGCUACAGAAGCUGCAGCAGUUGGUGGAGGAGCGACGGCAGCUGAAUAUGACGAUCCAGACGACGUUGCCCAGCUCCACCGUAGGCCACAGGAUAGACCUGGAGUACCUGAAGGCUAACCAGGCCGUCGUCCGCCUGAAGGAGAUCUUGCGUUCCGAGCACAAUGCCAUGCUCGACUUUGUGGGCACAGUUAUCAAGAAGGUUCUGAAGCCCAUUCAGGUUGCACGUCUGAUGGUCCAGGCUUACCCCUCCAAGCCAGACGUCCUAGCUGUGGCGUCAGCUGUUGCCAUCGACUGCGGGGUGGAUGUCAUGAUGCUCCCCGAGCCCCUCAAGCCCAUACCCUUCCUGCCCUCUGGCGAACCCAACCCAGAAGCCAACCGGCUGGAAGACCACAUGGGGCCGCUGUCCAUGGGCGUGUGCCAAUCCAUUGUCGGUGCAUCGGAAGAUGGUUCGUCAGUGCAAGAUAACAAACAGAAUAUUGUUGUCUAG